ACAUUCUUUAGUUUAAGUCUAUUGAACAGAAAAUUUCACAGAAAUAUUAUUUUAAAUUAUCAGUUAAUUAAGUAUUUUUAUAAAUCAGGUGUAUUUGUUAGUGGAUUAACAAACAGAUACGGAUGCCGUCCCAUCACAAUAGUGGGCAGUUUGAUAUCAUGUGUGGCUUUCCUAUUAGCGACAGUGGCCCCCAAUUCAUUUGUUUUGCUCAUCACAUACGGAAUAAUGGGUGGAGUCGGAUUUGGAUUAAUAUAUUUACCGGCAAUAGUGACAGUCGGUUACUAUUUUACAACUAAAAGAGCUUUUGCCACCGGAAUAGCAGUGUGUGGGUCAGGUAUGGGUGCAUUUCUGUUCGCACCGUUAUGUCAGUGGCUCUUAACUGUAUACGAUUGGAAGAAUGCCUUGAUAAUACUU